GCCGGCGGCCUAAUUCUAAAAGCUCCCCAUCUCCAGUCUUCCUUCCGCCCACACCACGCAGCAGAUCCGGAGCCUAAUCAAAUCUAGCCCGACCAAACCCUAACUAAGCCUACCCCGCCCCCAUGGCGAAGUUCGGCGAGGGCGACGCCCGGUGGAUAGUCCAGGACCGCGCGGACGGCGCGAACGUCCACAACUGGCACUGGGCGGAGCGCGACUGCCUCGAGUGGUCGCGCGCCCGGCUCUCUGCUCUGCUCGCCGGCCUCCCCGUCCUCUCCGGCGAGGGCGGCCUCACCCUCCGCACCACCACCCUGGACAAGCUCGACGGCGAGGCCUACGUCAACAUCCGCAAGGGCAAGGUCAUCCCCGGGUACGAGCUCUCCCUCACGCUCUCCUGGGAGGCCGAGGCCACGUCCGAGUCGGGGGUCGUCAAGGUCACCGGCGCCGCCGAGGUCCCCUAUCUCGCUGACGAGAACGCCGACGAGGACCCCGAACUCCGCAUCACUGUCCGCGGCGACGAAGGGCCUCUGGCGACCCGCGCCAAGGACGCCUUCAUCGCCCGUGGCAAGCCCCUGGUCCUUGAGAAGAUCCGGGAGUAUGUAGCCAUCAUGUCGAAGGGUGGCCCAGCCAAGGACGAGCUGGAUGCUAAGAAGACUCCCACAAAGGCGGCUACAGCGACUGGUGUCACGGCUACUGCCCCUGCUCCGGUAGCGAAGGAGGCGCCGGCGCCGGCGCCAGCAGCUAAGGAGAAGAAGGCCAAGGGAAAGGAAAAGGAGGGGUUCAAGACUAUUGAGAUGACAGAGAAGCUGAACUGCCGCGCGGAGCACAUUUAUGAGAUCUUGAUGGAUGAGAAUAGAUGGAAGGGGUUCACACAGAGCAAUGCAAGGAUCAGCAAGGAAGUGGGCGGGCAGUUUAGCCUAUUUGAUGGGUCCAUUACCGGUGUCAACGAGGAGCUGCAGGAAGGGAAACUGAUCGUGCAGAAAUGGCGGUUUGGGAGCUGGCCCGACGGCGUGCACUCUACAGUCAGAUUGGUGUUUGAUGAACCGGAGUCUGGAGUUACAAUCAUAAAGCUGAAACAAACUGAUGUGCCAGAGGAAGACAGGUAUGGAAACUCAACUGUGGUGGAGAACACGGAGAGAGGCUGGAGGGAGCUCAUCUUCCAGAGGAUACGCGCGGUGUUUGGUUUCGGGAUCUAAAGAAGCGCUCUUGAGUCUUGACUGCUAUAAGGAUUUCAAUCCCCUAGGAAGCCAAGCCUGCCUUGUCAUAGUUUCCUGUUUCGUUGCCUCAGUUUAUUCAAAUGCUGGUAGACACAAAAAUUCCCAAAUUGCGGGGGGCAAAAAGACAUCAGUUACUUUGUAUUCAUCACGCUGGAUUGUAUUGUGGUGUUCUAAACUCGUGAUUCAGAUGGCGGUGAUGGUGAAUGUGUUGAUGAGCAUAUACUCGUUGAGUUGUU